AUUAUUGUGCACAUUGCGUGAAAAUAUUUUCGUCGAGUAAUUAUUUCGUCUCUUUCAAUUUUUUUAGUAAUAUUUAUUUAUUUUUAUCAAAUAUGCCAAAGGAAAAACAAUCAUUGGCUUCUCGUUUAAAUAGUUAUGUGUCGGAAUUUAGUGAAUGUAGUGGUCCAGUAUUUAGAACUGACGGCAAAAUAUUGUAUUGUAAAUUGUGUGAUUCAAAAGUUGGAAGUGAUAGAAAAUUCAACGUUCAACAACACAUCGACACAGCUAAACAUAAGGCAGCUAUUAAAAAACAGAAACAAAGUAAAAAUAAAUUUGAUUUACAAAAAACUCAACAACAACUUUUAAGUAACACAAAAAAGUCUUCUUUUAAUAAAAAUGUAUGUUAUGCUUUGUUAUCGGCUAACAUUCCAUUAAAUAAAUUAAAUAAUCAUAAUUUUAAGUCAUUUUUGGAAAAAUAUACUUCGAAAGAAAUUCCAAAUCAAACUACACUUCGUAAAGGCUAUGUGAAUGACAUUUAUGAAGACAUUUUAGUGAAAACUAGAAGUUUUAAAUUUGGUAAAAAAAUCUGGGUUUCGAUCGAUGAGACGACAGAUUCCGCAGGUCUUUACACGGCAAGUGUCAUUGUAGGAACGCUCGAACUUAAUGGCCCUGGACACGUGUUUUUAUUAAACUGUGCAGAAUUAGAGAAAUCAAAUCAAAUUACAAUCGCUAAAUUAUUUGAUAAUUCUAUGCAUAUAUUAUGGCCUAAAGAUGUACGACAUGUUGAUAUUUUAUUAUUUCUAAGCGACGUGGCACCAUACAUGGUUAAAGUGGGAAAAUCGCUUAAUACAUUUUAUACAAAAAUGAUACACGUUACAUGUAUUGUUCACGCAUUUCAUCGAGUUGCUGAAUAAAUUAGAAGGCAUUACUCAAAAGUUGAUAAAAUUAUAGCAAACGUGAAGAAAGUAUUUUGCAAGUCUCCAUAUCGCAUUAAUUGUUUUAAAGAAAAAGCACCACACCUAUCACUCCCCCCACAACCAAUCAUAACAAGAUUGGGAACCUGGUUGAAAGCAGCUAUUUAUUAUUGCGAUAAUUACGAACUAAUACGAGAUAUUAUUACAUCGCUUGAUGAAAAAGAUUCUAUUAGUGUUGAAAAUUCUCAAAAGUACUUAAGUGAUCCAGACGUUGCUUCAAAUCUGGUAUACAUAAAAUCAAACUUUGGAUUUUUGCCCGUUGUAAUCAUUCGCCUCGAAGCAAAAAAUAUGCCUUUAUCCGAGGAAUUGAGAUAAUAGAAAAUGCCUAUUUAAAAUUGUCGCAAACUACAGGUUCAGUAGGGAAAUUAGUGCAGCGAAAACUAGACGAUGUUUUAGCAAAAAAUAAUGGCUAUAAAAUAUUAAAUAUAAUUUCAAAAAUAUUGAAUGGAGAAAUUACUUCAAUGGAUGACUUACCAGAAGACUUAAAGCAAAUUAAUUUUUAUUUUUUAAAUAUGCACCGCUAACUUCCGUAGAUGUAGAACGAUCUUUCUCAACAUAUAAGAAAUUGUUAGCCGAUAACCGACAUUCGUUUCAAGUUGAAAAUAUAAGGAAAUACCUUGUCGUUCAAUGUAAUAGUAAAGAUGAAGGAGAUGAAAACGAUCAGAGGAAACAAAAAGAUCAAGAAGACGACGAAGAGUUUUUAAAUAUUUUUCAAUAAACUAACCAUAAUG